AUGACAGUGGCCACUGGAGACCCAGCAGAUGAAGCUGCCGCCCUGCCUGGGCACCCCCAGGACACCUAUGACCCUGAGGCGGACCACGAGUGCUGUGAGAGGGUAGUGAUCAACAUCUCGGGAUUGCGCUUUGAGACCCAGCUCAAGACUCUGGCUCAGUUUCCGGAGACCCUCUUAGGGGACCCCAAGAAGCGAAUGAGGUACUUUGAUCCACUCCGAAAUGAAUACUUUUUUGACCGAAACCGCCCUAGCUUUGAUGCCAUCUUAUAUUACUACCAGUCUGGGGGCCGGUUAAGGCGCCCCGUGAAUGUCCCCUUGGAUAUCUUCUCAGAAGAAAUCCGCUUUUAUGAACUGGGUGAGGAAGCGAUGGAGAUGUUUCGAGAGGAUGAAGGCUACAUCAAGGAGGAAGAACGUCCCUUACCGGAAAAUGAGUUUCAGAGACAGGUGUGGCUUCUCUUUGAAUACCCAGAGAGCUCUGGGCCAGCCCGGAUUAUAGCUAUUGUGUCUGUCAUGGUGAUUUUGAUCUCCAUCGUGAGUUUCUGUCUUGAAACUUUGCCCAUUUUUCGGGAUGAGAACGAAGACAUGCCUGGUGGUGGGAUUCCUUUCCAUACCUACUCGAACAGCACCAUUGGGUACCAACAGUCCACUUCCUUCACUGACCCCUUCUUCAUCGUGGAGACACUAUGCAUCAUCUGGUUCUCCUUUGAGUUCUUAGUCAGGUUCUUCGCCUGUCCCAGCAAAGCCGGUUUUUUCACCAACAUCAUGAACAUCAUUGACAUCGUGGCCAUCAUCCCAUACUUCAUCACCCUUGGGACCGAACUGGCAGAGAAGACAGACGAUGCCCAGCAAGGCCAACAGGCAAUGUCGUUGGCCAUCCUCCGUGUGAUCCGGUUGGUAAGAGUCUUUAGGAUUUUCAAGCUGUCCAGACACUCCAAGGGGCUCCAGAUCCUAGGUCAGACCCUCAAGGCCAGCAUGAGAGAAUUGGGCCUCUUGAUUUUCUUCCUCUUCAUCGGGGUCAUCCUCUUCUCUAGUGCUGUCUAUUUCGCAGAGGCAGAUGAGCGAGAUUCCCAGUUCCCUAGUAUCCCUGAUGCCUUCUGGUGGGCAGUCGUCUCCAUGACAACAGUAGGCUACGGAGACAUGGUCCCCACUACCAUUGGGGGAAAGAUCGUGGGUUCCCUUUGUGCGAUUGCAGGUGUCUUAACUAUUGCCUUACCAGUCCCCGUCAUAGUGUCCAAUUUCAACUACUUCUACCACCGGGAAACAGAGGGAGAGGAGCAGGCCCAGUACUUGCAAGUGACCAGCUGUCCAAAGAUCCCAUCUUCCCCCGACCUAAAGAAAAGUAGGAGUGCCUCCACUAUCAGUAAGUCUGAUUACAUGGAGAUCCAGGAAGGGGUAAACAACAGCAAUGAGGACUUUAGAGAGGAAAACUUGAAAACGGCCAAUUGCACUCUGGCUAACACAAACUAUGUGAAUAUUACCAAAAUGUUAACUGAUGUCUGA